CGAGGGCCCGCCCAGUAGCCGCCCCGGGGCGGGGCUCCCCUCGGCUCCCGGCUGCCCUUUUCCCCUGCGGUCUCUGCCCCGGCUGCUGUGUCUCUACCGAGCUCCGGACACGUGCAGGAGCAUCCAGCCGUGAACUUUCAAGCAGAUGCAGCCCCAGGAUGACUCAAAAGUAGGGCAUCCUUGGCCCUCCUGAAGAGAUGAAAUUAGUGGCAAGUGGACCAUCUAUCUGUAUGGCGUUAUCAGAUGCCUUUGCCUGAGUGAGAAACCUUCCUCCAUUGGGACCUCGGAGGUCUGAUGGCCCUUUGUGACAUCCAAAUAAGUAAUAGUUGUCUGCUGGUUCUCAGCUUGAAGAAGAUUCUGCAGUCCUUAUUGAUCCUUUUUCUUGGCGUUACCAUUUUUUGAAGCAAAGUUAACCUAGUUUUCUAGUUGAGCUUUCUUUUUGGCCAUCUUUAAAAAAAUUUUUUUUUUUUAAUCUAUAAACUAGACAAGAGAUAGUUCUACAAUGUCCAAGUCAUUCCAGCAGUCAUCUCUCGGUAGGGACUCGCAGGGUCAUGGGCGUGACCUGUCUGCAGCAGGAAUAGGCCUUCUUGCUGCUGCUACCCAGUCUUUAAGUAUGCCAGCAUCUCUUGGAAGGAUGAACCAGGGUACUGCACGCCUUGCUAGUUUAAUGAAUCUUGGAAUGAGUUCUUCAUUGAAUCAACAAGGAGCUCAUAGUGCACUGUCUUCUGCUAGUACUUCUUCCCAUAAUUUGCAGUCUAUAUUUAACAUUGGAAGUAGAGGUCCGCUCCCUUUGUCUUCUCAACACCGUGGAGAUGCAGACCAGGCCAGUAACAUUUUGGCCAGCUUUGGUCUGUCUGCUAGAGACUUAGAUGAACUGAGUCGUUAUCCAGAGGACAAGAUUACUCCUGAGAAUUUGCCCCAGAUCCUUCUGCAGCUUAAAAGGAGGAGAACUGAAGAAGGCCCUACAUUGAGUUAUGGUAGAGAUGGCAGAUCUGCUACACGGGAGCCACCAUACAGAGUACCUAGGGACGAUUGGGAAGAAAAAAGGCACUUUAGAAGAGAUAGUUUUGAUGAUCGUGGUCCUAGUCUCAACCCAGUGCUUGAUUAUGACCAUGGAAGUCGUUCUCAAGAAUCUGGUUAUUAUGACAGAAUGGAUUAUGAAGAUGACAGAUUAAGAGAUGGAGAAAGGUGUAGGGAUGAUUCUUUUUUUGGUGAGACAUCGCAUAACUAUCAUAAAUUUGACAGUGAGUAUGAGAGAAUGGGACGUGGUCCUGGCCCCUUACAAGAGAGAUCUCUCUUUGAGAAAAAGAGGGGCGCUCCUCCAAGUAGCAAUAUUGAAGACUUCCAUGGACUCUUACCGAAGGGUUAUCCCCAUCUGUGCUCUAUAUGUGAUUUGCCAGUUCAUUCUAAUAAGGAGUGGAGUCAACAUAUCAAUGGAGCAAGUCACAGUCGUCGAUGCCAGCUUCUUCUUGAAAUCUACCCAGAAUGGAAUCCUGACACUGAUACAGGACACACAAUGGGUGAUCCAUUCAUGUUGCAGCAGUCUACAAACCCAGCACCAGGAAUUCUGGGACCUCCACCCCCAUCAUUUCAUCUUGGGGGACCAGCAGUUGGACCAAGAGGAAAUCUGGGUGCUGGAAAUGGAAACCUGCAAGGACCAAGACACAUGCAGAAAGGCAGAGUGGAAACUAGCCGAGUUGUUCACAUCAUGGAUUUCCAGCGAGGGAAAAACUUGAGAUAUCAACUAUUACAACUGGUGGAACCAUUUGGAGUUAUUUCAAAUCAUCUUAUUCUAAAUAAAAUUAAUGAGGCAUUUAUUGAAAUGGCAACCACAGAAGAUGCUCAGGCUGCAGUGGAUUAUUACACAACCACCCCAGCAUUAGUAUUUGGCAAGCCAGUGAGAGUUCAUUUAUCCCAGAAGUAUAAGAGAAUAAAGAAACCUGAGGGGAAGCCAGACCAGAAGUUUGAUCAAAAACAAGAGCUUGGACGAGUGAUACAUCUCAGCAACUUACCUCAUUCUGGCUAUUCUGACAGUGCUGUCCUCAAGCUUGCUGAGCCUUAUGGGAAAAUAAAGAAUUACAUACUGAUGAGGAUGAAAAGUCAGGCCUUUAUUGAGAUGGAGACCAGAGAAGAUGCAAUGGCAAUGGUUGACCACUGUUUGAAAAAGGCCCUUUGGUUUCAAGGGAGAUGUGUAAAAGUUGACCUGUCGGAAAAAUACAAAAAAUUGGUACUCAGGAUUCCCAACAGAGGCAUUGACUUACUCAAAAAAGAUAAAUCCCGGAAAAGAUCUUACUCUCCAGAUGGCAAAGAAUCUCCAAGUGAUAAGAAAUCCAAAACUGAUGGUUCUCAGAAGACUGAAAGUACUGCUGAAGGUAAAGAACAAGAAGAGAAGUCAGGUGAAGAUGGUGAAAAAGAUACAAAGGAAGACCAGGCAGAACAAGAGCCUAACAUGCUUCUUGAAUCUGAAGAUGAGCUACUUGUAGAUGAAGAAGAAGCAGCAGCACUGCUAGAAAGUGGCAGUUCAGUGGGAGAUGAAACAGAUCUUGCUAAUUUAGGGGAUGUGGCAUCUGAUGGGAAAAAAGAACCUUCAGACAAAGCUGUGAAAAAAGAUGCAAAUGCCGGUGCUUCUGGAGCUGCAAAGAAAAAGCUUAAAAAGCGUCGUUUCCCAGGGAAUAUGGAAGGUUUUGUCACUCUAGAUGAGGUUGGUGAUGAGGAAGAUUCGGAACUUCAGAAACUUCGUAAAUCGGGCAUGGCAUUUAAAUCUGGUGACAAAAAUGAUGAUGGUUUGGUUGAAAUUAAGGUGGACAAGAUCGAGGAACUUGACCAAGAAAAUGAAGCAGCGUUGGAAAAUGGAAUUAAAAAUGAGGAAAAUACAGAGCCAGGUGCUGAAUCUGCUGAGAAUGCUGAUGAUCCCAACAAAGAUACAAGUGAAAAUGCAGAUGGCCAAAGUGAUGAAAACAAGGAGGACUAUACAAUCCCAGAUGAGUAUAGAAUUGGACCAUAUCAACCCAAUGUUCCUGUUGGUAUAGACUAUGUGAUACCUAAAACAGGGUUUUACUGUAAGCUGUGUUCACUCUUUUAUACAAAUGAAGAAGUUGCAAAGAAUACUCAUUGCAGCAGCCUUCCUCAUUAUCAGAAAUUAAAGAAAUUUCUGAAUAAAUUGGCAGAGGAACGCAGGCAGAAGAAGGAAGUUUGAGAUGUGCAAGAAGCUUAAUGAUUUCAAAGAAAAUAAUGGUUCUUUGUUUUUAAAUGUUAACCUUUUUUAAAUACAAUACUGAUAGUUAGAAGAAAACUAUUGUACUCUUUUGUUUUAGUGGAAAAUAAUAGAUAAUAGAUGUCUGUUCAUGUGUUAAGUGUUAGCGCAAAAAUACAUAUACGGUUAAGUUAAUGAAGAAUUGUUUUUGUUUUAUCAAAAUAGUAACAGACAGAAAUACUUUGUAGAGACUGACUUCGUAUGCUAAAGACACUUGCACCACUAAGAAAGAUAUGUAGAAGCAUUCAGAGAAAUGAAAUUUAGUAGUUCCAAGCUUCAGAGAUAUGUCAAAACUUUUGAUUCCAUUCAAUAAAGAACAAAACCAAUUGUAUUUUUAUUACUUUCAUCUGAAACAUUCCACAUUUUAAUCUGAGCCUUGCUUUUCAUUUGGAGUUUGAAGCAUUUUUGGUUUUGUUUCAUUUAUAGAGAACUUCACUAAUGUGAGAUUGGUAAUUAAAAUGCAGGUGCAGUUUUCUUUCAAUGUCAUGUUGUUGUUUAGGUAAUAAGAAAUAUUAAGUAAUUGGCUUUAGAUUUUGUAAUUUUUUCCCCUAAGUUCCUGCUAGAUUUCGUAUUCUAGAAGUCAAUGUAUUUUCAGUGAAAUGUAAAAAUAUUCCCCUUCUCUUUGACCAGUAUUAAUUUCUUGAGAUCUUAUUGCUUGUCACUUGAAUCCUGUAGCUGUCAUACAUCAUCUGGUAUAAGCAACAUUUGAUUUUUGAAGUGUGUAGACCAUCUCUUUGUAUUUUCAAGAUGUAAUUUUACAUUUCUGCAUUUUAAAAAAAGUUUGGCCAUAAUCUUAGACGCACGCUUCUAAUUCAUAUACUUGCAUAUGUGACCUUUGUGAACAGAAAUUUGCAUGUAUAAUCUGUGUUUACUUGUAACUUUCUGGUUAUAUACUGCUUAUAUCUGUGGAUUCAAGUUUCUUAAGUGAGUACCAAUAAAAAACAAAAACCUA